UCCCACACAGGAGGUUGGUCUCCAAGGUGUGGGUUUGGGGCUGAUGUACCGACAUGGGUUGAGAACAGGUCAACAGGCGGACAGCAAAGAGUGGGAAGAAACAGAUCCUUCUCGGAUAGGCAGGUUGUGGCUGGAGGGUACCACAGGGGUGGGAGCUUGGGACCCAGCGGUUCACAGUCUGUACCGGUGAUUUGAUGAAGGGACCAAAUGUCGUGUUUCCAAGCAAAAAACAAACUGCUGGAGGAACUCAGCGGGUCGAGCAUCUUCUGUGGAGGCAGAGGGAUGAGACCCUGCCUCAGGACUGAGAGUGCAGAGGGAGGAUGGUCAGAAUGGAGGGGUCAGACACGGGCACCUGGUUUGACAUAUCACCUGCCGGACCCUGUGUCAGUCGUACGGAGGAGGAGGUGAAGGGGCCUCGGGGGACAUGGACAAGCUGAGUAGAACGUGCUGGGCAUCCGAUGAAACCCCAUCGCCUGUCUCUCACACACAGCUUGGUUCUGCAUUAUGGACUCUACAAGAAAAUGAUGGUCUUCAAGCCGUACCAGGCUUCCCAGCAUGACAUGUGUCGCUUCCACUCCGAGGAUUACAUCGACUUCCUGCAGCGCGUGAGCCCCAACAACAUGCAGGGUUUCACCAAGAGCCUGAACACCUUCAACGUGGGAGAUGAUUGUCCUGUUUUUCCAGGGUUGUUUGAGUUCUGUUCACGCUACACAGGAGCCUCUCUGCAAGGAGCAACACAGUUGAACAACAAGGUGUGUGAUAUUGCCAUUAAUUGGGCUGGAGGACUUCACCACGCCAAGAAAUUCGAGGCUUCGGGGUUCUGUUACGUGAACGACAUUGUCAUUGGAAUCCUGGAACUGCUAAAGUACCACCCUCGUGUCCUCUACAUUGACAUUGACAUCCAUCACGGCGAUGGUGUGCAGGAAGCCUUUUACCUCACAGACAGGGUUAUGACUGUAUCCUUCCACAAGUAUGGGAACUACUUUUUCCCUGGAACAGGUGACAUGUAUGAAGUGGGAGCUGAGAGCGGUCGGUAUUAUUGCCUCAAUGUCCCACUCCGGGAUGGAAUUGAUGACCAAAGCUACAGACUGCUGUUCCAGCCAGUUAUCAAGCAGGUUGUGGAUUUCUAUCAGCCCACCUGCAUAGUGCUCCAAUGUGGUGCGGAUUCUCUCGGCUGCGAUCGGCUUGGUUGCUUCAAUCUCAGCAUCAAAGGGCACGGGGACUGUGUGGAGUUUGUGAAAAGCUUCAACAUCCCUCUGCUGGUGAUGGGCGGCGGGGGUUACACUGUCCGCAACGUGGCCAGAUGUUGGACUUUUGAAACCUCGUUACUUGUUGAUGAAGAGAUAAGUGAUGAACUGCCGUAUAAUGAAUACUUCGAGUACUUUGCACCAGACUUCACUCUUCACCCGGAUGUGAGCACCAGGAUUGAGAACCAGAACACAAGGCAGUACCUGGAUCAGAUCAGGCAAACCAUCUUUGAGAAUUUGAAAAUGCUGAAUCACGCGCCCAGUGUCCAGAUCCACGACGUCCCGUCAGACCUGCUCAGCUACGAGCGGAACGACGAGCCUGACCCCGACGAACGCGGAUCAGAGGACAACUACAGCAGGCCUGACACUGGGAACGAGUUUUACGAUGGUGACCACGAUAACGACAAGGAGAGUGAUGUGGAAAUCUAAGGAGCAGAUGGGUUGUUGUCCGUCCUGUGGAGCAGACGCUGAGUGUGCCUCGUUGGCCCCUGAGACAGGAGGGUGAAUCUUCAGCCACCGGGACCUUUAGAGUUUUGUUUUGGUUCCUUCGCUUGACUUGGGGAGGAGAGGUUGCUGGUUGGGAUUGCUGGCACUCUGCUGUGGAACAGGGGCAGAAGGCUGCAGUUUACAACAUCCGUUCAGGUAACAACAGAUGGUUUCAGACACCAGACGGUUCAGGGAUGCGAGCAAAAGGUGGCUGAGAUUGAGAAUCACUGGAUAUUCUCUCCGUGUCAGCAGCCGUGGGACACCACAGCAAGGAGCAGUCACUGCCUUCGCGUUCCUCCUCCGUCGUGCUGUGCCGUCAGGGUGACCGAGCCUUCAGGGUAACACAGAGAGCCUGGUGUGCCUUCGGUUCCCCUGACUGCACCUGUCCUCCUGUCACACUUCUGCAAUCUAAUGAUGGUCAAUGUUACUGUUCCCUGUAGAUUAUCAACCCUCUAAUCUCCAUUAUGUUUACACUGUGUACAUUAACUCUGUUCUUGUGCUGUGGGAUAUCUGGAAUAUCGCUCAUCAGGCAGCUCUUUGAUCUUGUACCCCCCCCCCCCAAGGAUGUUCCCUUUUGCUGCCCUCAGGAAUUGUCAGCAGAUCCUUCAGGGCUCCUGUGGGAGGCGUCACACCUCACACAGCCCACAGGUGGGAAGGACUGAAUUGUAAAGAUUGUAAUCAAGGUGAAUAACAAACUAAAUUGUUUUCAAAGGUUUCCGAGCAGCUACCAGGGAAAACAGUGUAUAAAUUGAAGCAGCACAUUAAAAGCUGGAGGAACUCGGUGGGUCCGGCAGCGUCUGCGGAGAGAAAUGCACAGUCGACGUUUCAGAUCGAGGCCCCUCAUCUGGACAGGGAGUCCAUUUCUCUCCACAGAUGCAGCUCGACCUGCUGAGUAUUCUGUGUGUUGCUUCAGCAUUCUGUGUGUUGCUCUAGAUGCCAGCAUCUGCGGUCUCUUGUGUAUAAAUUGAAAUUGUCUGUCUAAUGAUAUAGUACCUUGUGCUGAGAAUUCAGCCAUGUGCAGACUGCACAGUGUGUGAGGGAACCAUUUUACACAUCUGCAUUGUAUUGAAGGACAUCAGUCACCGACGUUCGGACUGUCUGUCCACUGCCAGUGUUGCAUCUGUGAGGUGGGUGAGCUGUUUGUCCCCCUCUGCAAACUAUGAUCAAGUUCAAAUCAUUUGGCAAUAAUACCCCCUCAAUGGAGCAUUUAUUUUGUUGCUUGUGUAUAUCAGCUGGUUUUGUUGUUUUGAAAAGUAAUGCAUUUUCACAUUAAAAUGCUUUUAAUAAUUUGUUUAACUUUUGGUCACACUGCAUGAGAUGUUCUUAGAAUCUGAAUAUGAGGAGGAUUUAAGGCCGUUGUCCUGUGGCUGGCGGUGGUUGGGAUGUUUAUUGCAGUGACUGCACCUUGGAUCACAAUGAGCACAGAACAUAGCAGCAGGAGGCCACUCGGCCCCUCAACCCUGAUCUAAGCUGGCCUCAACUCCUCUUCUGUGCCAGUUCCCCUGAUCUUUAAUUACUUGAUCUUUCAAAUAUUUAUUCAUCUCCACCUAAAAUAUAUUCAAUGCUCCGGCCUCCGGCGGAGAAUUGCAGAGAUCCAUCACCCUCCCUCCGAGAGAAGACACUUCCACACACCUCAGUUUUAAAUGACUGUCCCUUUUGUAGUGAUGUCCCCUUGGUGACGCUCCCACUGGUGGAAACAUCUCAACAUCUGUCUGCAGUCUUUUUCCCAGGGUUGGGGAAUCAAGAACUAGAGGGCACAGGUUUAUGGGGAGAGGGGAGAGAUUUAGUAAGAACAUGAGGGGCAACUUUUUCACCCAGAGGAGGGUCAGUAUAUGGGACAAG